UACGUGGAAUUGUAAAUGUGGUGAAAUAAUAGUAUUGAUUUACUAAAAGAGUAUAUAGGAGUAUCAAAGAAUAAUUUCUUUUUAUCCUCACGCAUUGUGAUAAAUGAUACGUUUAUGAAAUCCCAAUGUAGUAGGUUACGAUUUCAUAUGGAACAUGUUUGGAUUCUUACUUUCAUGGUUUUGAUUAUUUUCCAUUUUCCAUUUUACUUUCUACUUUUUCUAGAUGUCUCAACCCUAUUUUGUUUUCGUAAUGUAGUCCCCUGAUGCACCGAUGUGGUACUGAAUGCCAAGUACCUUUUCGACUUCACAACAUGCAAUUUGUAUGCCAAAAAUGCCAUUCGCUACUUAAAGUUAAAGAAGAUUACGAUGAUGAGCUGGUGAAACAGAAAUUGUUUCCAAAAAACGUGGGUUUAUGGACGCCAUCCUUAACAGAAACGAAUGAGGAGUGUGAAAGCGAUGAUGAAACUGCUUCUUCAGUAGAGGACUAUCCUGUGGAGCGAUUACAGUUAUACAAAAAGGCUUUUAAAGAAGGAGAAUCAGAUUUUCCUCAGUCGCCUCAAACGGAAUUGAAAACGCCAACUCUUGACUCUUUUGUGGUUCUUCCAGCGUCACAUGAUGGAUAUAACGAGAAUGAAGAAGAACGGAAUCCUUCUACGGAGGUUAAUGACUUGUUUAGUUGGAAAAUAGAGAAUUACUACCGAAUAUUUGAUUUACUCUCUACAAAAACAAAAGUGAAUCAUCCAUUAUGUGAAGAAUGCGCUGAAUUGUUAGUCGAGGAAAUGACGAAGACUUUAAAAUCCACAAAGGAUGAAAAAAACUUGUAUUCAAAUUACAGUAACAUGCUGGCUAAUCAAGAUUUUGAAGAAGAAGAUAUCUCUCAACUCGAAGCCAGUGUUCGAGAAAUAUCUGAUGAGAUUGAAGAAAAACAAAAGGCAAUCGUUGAUCUGACGGUGCAGGAACAGGAAUUGCAAAGUCACUUCCGCAAUAUGGUAAUUGAUUGUGAAAAGAUGAGCAUUGAGGAAGAUGAGUAUAAAAGGUCAUUAAAUCAACACUUGAUGAAAGAGAGUGUUUUGGAAAGACAACGUGAUUGCGCGCAAUUAGAAUUUGAACACAACUCAAAAAAAUUUGAGCGACUUCAAAAAAUGAAUGUUUUUAGUGAUAUCUUUUAUAUAUCUCAUUAUUCCGAGCCAAAUGGAGACGGAUCCAUUGCUACGAUCAAUGGUUUGAGACUAGGCAGGUUACCUAGUCAAAAAGUAAGCUGGAGUGAAAUCAAUGCCGCAUGGGGGAUGACAGUAUUACUUUUGGAUGUUCUUGCUGAAAGACUAGAUUUUCAUUCCCCUUUAUACCAACUUAAACCUUUCGGUAAUCAAUCGUAUAUUCUUCGUUAUGAUCAGGAUCUUAGUACCGGUAAUACGAAGCCGGUGCGACUAGAUCUGUUUUCCACUGGCGAACUUAAAAUCUUUAUGAAUCGUCGUUUUGACCAAGGAAUGGUUGCCUUUUUAGACUAUUUACACCAACUCGGGGACUUUUGUGCCGCCAACACCCCCUCGGCCAUCUUGCCUUAUCCCAUAGAAAACGAUCGUAUUGGAAGUAAGUGUAUUAGACUUGCUUUCAAUCAAGACGAAAAUUGGACGCGGGCCUUAAAGUUCGUGUUGACGAACAUAAAAUUCCUGGAAGCCUAUGUUUCUUCCCAGGAAAAACACACCAACUUUUAAUUCGAACCAUUUCCUCGAAUAUGUGUACAUUACGGUUCCUCUUAACUUUUUACGAAUAUUUUAAAGAUGAUUGCUUCGAGUUUAAUGAUACAACAUAAUUAUUUUAAUAUAGAAGGAAGUUAAUUAGAAAUGAUCCUUUUCAUUUAUGUUAAUGAAAAUUCAAUUUAUUUGUUACUGCUAAAUUGAACUUUUUCACUAUCCCA